CCUUUUCUUGUUCUUGUUCUGUGUCAGACGUGGCUGAAGAACUACGGCUACCUGCUGCCUAACGACCUCCGCACCUCCGACCUGCGGCAGGAGAAGGCCAUGCAGUCGGCCGUGGCCGCCAUGCAGCGCUUCUACGGCAUACCGGUGACGGGCGUCCUGGACGAGACCACCAUAGAGUGGAUGAGGAGGCCUCGCUGUGGCGUCCCCGACCACCCUCAUAGCAGCCGGCGGCAGAGGAACAAACGCUACGCCCUGACGGGGCAGAAGUGGAGGGACAAGAAGAUCUCCUACAGCAUAUCGAACUUCACCCCCAAGGUGGGAGAGAAGGACACCCAGCGAGCCAUCCGGCAGGCCUUUCACCGUGUGGCAGGCGGUGACCCCGCUCUCCUUCCAG